GAAAACAUGUUUAUGCAGAUUUUUAUUAGUUAGAGUUUGUGCAGUUUCAAUUCAAAUGGAUUUAGUUGAAGGAACUUGCUGAAAACAAUGAGUAUGAAGUAAUUAUGGUACUAGUUCCAUCCUGCCCGGUACCAGUCAGCUGACCAAGCUGAGUGGAGUCAGCAGCUUUAUGCCCUCCUCUGGUUUCCUGUUGUUGACUGGGAGGAAUCCGUCCAAACUUUGCUAUUCCUGACACAUGUAGCUGCUUCUGUAAACGUGUGGAUAAAGAGGCAGUAAGUUCUGUGUUCUGGAGGCUCCCGCUCAGCUGCAGUCACGAGUUGCCGCCGACAGCAGCCACUUCCUCCUCAGCACACCGACACACGAUGCCUUCCCUGGAAGAGUUCAAGCAGGCUUUGGAAAGUGCAGGGCAGCCUCACGUCCUGCAGUUCUGGCCGGAGCUGAGUGAGGACCAGAGGGACGCUUUCCUCCAGGAGCUGGCCCAGCUGGACCUGCAGGGGCUGAAGGCGCACUGCGAGGCGGCCGCCGCGGCUGUCUCCGCCCCGCCGGCCUGCCUGGACCAGGACAUGGAGCCGCUCCACCCGGACACCGUCGGCAGCGUGAGGAAGAGCGACACAAAGAGUCUGUCAGAGUGGGAAGAGCAAGGCCUGCUGCAAAUCUCAGAGAAUCGUGUUGGAGUCCUGCUCCUGGCUGGAGGUCAGGGGACCCGUCUUGGUGUUCAGUAUCCCAAGGGGAUGUACAAUGUUGGGCUGCCAAGCAGCAAAACCCUGUAUCAGAUUCAAGCAGAGCGUAUUCACAAAAUCCAGGAGAUUGCAGACAGCAAGCAUGGCUCCAAAUGCACUGUACCAUGGUACAUCAUGACCAGUGAGUUCACUCUGACUCCCACCGAGAAAUUCUUUAAGGAGAACAACUACUUUGGCCUGCAGCCAUCAAACGUCAUCAUGUUUGAGCAGAGGAUGAUCCCAGCAGUGACCUUUGAUGGAAAGGUCAUCCUGCAGGGUAAAGGGAAGAUAGCCAUGGCCCCAGAUGGUAAUGGAGGUCUGUACCAGGCACUGCUGGACAAUAAUGUGCUGGAGGACAUGAAGAAGAGGGGAGUGGAGUAUCUGCAUGUUUACUGUGUGGACAACAUCCUGGUCAAGAUGGCCGACCCUGUGUUUAUUGGCUUUUGUGUGAGCAAGGGGGCUGACUGCGGGGCCAAGGUGGUGGAGAAGGCAUAUCCUGCAGAACCGGUGGGUGUGGUUUGCAGAGUGCGAGGGGUCUCCCAGGUGGUGGAGUACAGCGAGAUCAAACCAGAGACGACUGAACUUAGGGGACCUGAUGGGGAAUUUCUCUACUCCGCUGGAAACAUCUGCAAUCACUUCUUUACCAGAACCUUCCUGCAGGACGUGGGAGAGAAAUUCAAGAGCCAACUGAAACAACAUGUUGCCAUUAAGAAAGUACCGUUUAUAGACACAUGUGGCAAUCAAGUGAAGCCUACCAAGCCCAAUGGCAUAAAGAUGGAGAAAUUUGUUUUUGAUGUCUUCCCAUUCUCAAGGAACUUUGUUGUGUUUGAGGUUGUGAGGGAGGAUGAGUUUUCCCCCCUGAAAAAUGCAGACGACGCAGCCAAAGACAAUCCAACCACAGCCAGAAACUCUCUGCUGGCUCAGCACUACCGAUGGGCCACAUCUGCUGGAGCCACACUCCUGGAUGAACAUGGCAAUGCUCUGCUUCCAUCAGCCAGUACAUCAGCAAAGGACAGCACUCUGGCACAAGUUGAGAUUUCACCACUGGUCUCAUACUUUGGAGAGGGUCUGGAGCAGCUGCUGAAAGGGAGGACGCUGACAGCUCCCUUCAUUCUGGAUGAAAAGAGGGCCAAAGAGCUGCAGGCUCAGUAGCAUCUUUCUGAUUCAAUGAGUGUUGUGUGACUGCAGCAGACAUUCCAGCGUUGUGUUGCUCAGAUGUCCAGAGUCUGGAUGCACAUGCCUGAGUAGGUUCCGCCCAAGGAUGCACAAUUUCCAAAAUGAGCUUCGGACUGUAUGUGAUUAUGAUGACAUCAGGCUACUGUGUCGUGCAUUUCAUGCCAUUUUCAACUUGCUAAGCUACAAUGUGAUGUAAUCAGUUCAAAACCAAGAAGGAAGCAGUGAUGAGGUAUAGACAUUUAUAAUAAAUUGUUUGGAUUCACCAACAAAUAAAUCGUGUAAUAAAAAUCUAAAUUGUGUGAAAUCA